AUGGAGGACAAGAACGAAUAUGGUUUAUGGAUGCCCGUGAAAGAAGAAGAAUUCCAGGAACAAGACGUGUGGGAUGGUGAUCCCAAGAACAACCACAAGCGGUUUCGGAACAAACAGCACUCAGCUCCUGUCAGUGUUCCUGACUGGUCAAGAAUACACACAAUCAAGCCAAAGAAAGCUGCUAAGACUCAUGAUGAUGAUGAUGGUGAUGACGGUGAUGAUUAUGAUGAUGGUGGUGGUGGUGGGGGCAGCGAGAGUGUGUUACCAGAGGAGUAUUUCAUGGGCAGGAUACGAUCGUCACCCUCGUUAUCGGUCAUGGAAGGAGCUGGAAGGACACUGAAGGGGAAAGAUCUAAGCAAAGUGAGGAAUGCAGUGCUGAAGAAAACCGGCUUUCUUGAGUAAGAGGAACAAGCCUCUCUGGUGGAAGAACAUGAUGUGAUGUAUGUGUUUUUUAUUUUUACAUGUAUAUGAUCAAGUGUUCUAAUCUAUUCUCUAUAAUUAGAAAGUCCUUACA